GGCGGGGCCGGGCCGGGCCGGGCCAGGCCAGGCGGGGCAGGGCUCGGCGCGGUGUGGAGGCUCCCGGCUCGUAAUGGAACAACUGCCGGAUCCGGUUAUGCAAGCAGAUGCAAAUAUUAAAGCCAUUAAUGAAGAGUACAGGAAAGCCUUUAUUUUUAUCAAUAAAGGACUGAACACAGAUGAACUGGGUCAGAAGGAAGAGGCAAGAAGCUACUAUGAGCAAGGGCUUAACCACUUGCUCCGAGGAGUUAGCAUUCCAUCAGAGGGUCCUGAGUGUGCAGGGCCCCAGUGGGAGUCUGCCAGGCAAAUGCAACAGAAGAUGAGAGAAACCCUGCAAAACGUUCGUGCUCGACUCGGCAGUCUAGAGCAAAACACCCCACCAGCACAAGCAUCUCCUGCUAUGAUGGAUACCCCUCCUGGGGUGCCCAAAUUAUACCCCUCCAUUCCUUCCAAAGAAAAGCCAGAAAGACCCCCUCCCCCUAAUUCUCUGCUUGUUCCAAGUCAGUUGCCUGCAGCAGAUGGAAGUGUUGCAGCUGUGAGUCAGGGGCAAAUUCCAGCUAUGAGUCCAUCAUCUGCAAAACCUCUUUGUCUGCCAAAUGAAGCACCUCCUGCCUAUACUCCUCAAGCUACCAAUGGCCACUUUACUGUGUCCUAUGGCACAGACUCUGGGGAGUUUUCUUCUGUCAGUGAGGACUACUACAACAACAAAUGUACUCAGCCACCUCCCCUGGAAAACCUGGGAGUGGAUGCAGAUGAGCUGAUCUUGAUUCCCCAAGGAGUACAGAUAUUUUUUGUGACUCCUGACGGGCAGGUUAGUGCUCCUUCAUAUCCUGGAUAUCUGCGCAUCGUCAAGUUCUUGGAUACAGAUAGUGAAGCUGCUCGGAAUCGUCCACCGGCAUUUCUUCAGGUUUGUGACUGGUUGUAUCCUCUGAUGUGUACUCAGUCUCCUGUUCUGUGCUGCAAUACUGGGGUCUACAUGUUCCCCGACACGAUGUCCCAGAUACCAGGGUCCUACGUGGGAGUAGUGCUGUCGUCAGAACUUCCAGCAGCUGACAGAGAGCUGUUUGAGGAUCUGUUAAAACAGAUGUCUGACCUACGAAUCCAGGUGCCAGGAUCCCAUGAGAGAGUAGGGUUACCUUCAGAGCUCCCAGCAACUAUGAGAGCACAUUUUGAAGAUAAAUUUAAACAGAGGUCUGGCCACAAAGUCCAGCCUUCUGAAGCCUCGAGUGAUGCAAUUCACUUGCCUCAGACUGUACAUAUCCAGCCACAACCUGAAGAAGCAGAAGAUCAGAAAGAGUUACCAGAAUGGAGUGAGAAAGUUGCCCAUGGAAUCUUGUCAGGUGCAUCUUGGGUAAGCUGGGGCCUGAUGAAAGGAGCAGAAUACACGGGUAAAGCUAUUCACAAAGGAGCUUCUAAACUGCGAGAGCACAUUCAACCAGAAGAAAAGCCUGUGGAAGUCAACCCAACUGUAGCAAAGGGGCUUCACGUAGCAAAACAGGCUACUGGAGGAGCUGUGAAAGUCAGCCAAUUCUUAGUUGAAGGGGUGUGUUCUAUAGCAAGCUGUGUCGGAAAGGAGCUGGCUCCACACGUGAAGAAGCAUGGCAGCAAAUUAGUUCCAGAAUCCCUAAAGAAAGAUAAAGAUGGAAAAUCUACUUUUGAUGGUGCUCUGGUUGUAGCAGCAAGUGGAGUUCAAGGGUUUUCAACAGUGUGGCAAGGUUUAGAAAGUGCAGCGAAGUGCAUUGCUAAAAGUGUUUCAACUGAGACUGUAAAAACAGUCAAAUACAAAUACGAAUAUAGGAAAUAUGGAGAUCAGCAGAGAACAGACACUAAGAGUGAAAAACAAUAAGUAUGGAGAGGAUGCUGGUGAUGCUACAGACAACGCUAUGAAUUCUGCAAUCAAUGUUGGUGUUACAGCAUUUAACAUUGAAAAUAUUGGUAUCAAAUCUGUGGUAAAGAAAACUGCGAAGGAAACCGGCCAUGCUGUGCUAGAUGAAUAUAAAGUAUUGGAUAAUGAAAAGAAGGCUAAAAAAUGAAAGCAAUUAAGUACUUCUCAGAGCCUUACAUUAGAGAUUAAACUUCCUAUUUAGAAGUAACUACACUGCUCAUCUGACAUUGAACAUAAGUCACAAUGUACUUUUCAAGCAACUGUUACUUAAUUUAAAAGGAAAAUGUAAAAGGAGGAAGAGUAUUUGCAAGAGGAAAAAUGAAAGUUGUCACCUCCUUGUUCAGUACAGAACAAGAGGUUUAAACAACUGGAUCAGGGCUUUAGGCAACUGGAAGUUUGCAGUUCAUAUACUUGCAUCUUUAAGCACUUUUACAAAGUAAUAUAUAGAAUAAUAGAUUAAUAUAGAAAUACUAUUGUGAGUAUUUUUGUAACACUUUAUAUUUAUAAAGAAGAUGGUGAUACAGAAAGAGUAGGAUGGCUAGUUCUGGAAUAAGUAAAAUUACCAGUUUUGGCUUUAUAACUAUCCUUAAGAUUUAGUUUUACUAAUCAAGCCUUGUCUUAUUUAGUAUGUACUACUAAUAUAAGCAUUGUGUUUCAUUGUUUCAUAGAGAAUUUCUCUUUUCACCUACAAAAAAGCUGAUCUUACCCAAAGUUUAUGCUAGGAGAAAUGAAAGAUGAACCUCAGGUAAUUAGGUAGUCAUUCCCUUUUAAACUUUUAUUUUUCCUCAUCCAGCAUAUAAGUAAACCAAAGAUACCAAGUAUUUUUUCUAAAAGAGAGUAUUUACAGUUCUAGAAAAAUGCAUUUUCCAGUUGACUUCAUAAGGAAUAUACAAAGAUUCCUUGAAAUUCAGGUUUUUAUGUAGAGAGAAUAAGUAUGGUUUUGCAUAAAUUAAAGUAUUUUUCUGUGAAAAUAUUAGAGGGCACUGGGAAAUUCUAUGCAUUCUGUACUUUUCAGCUGAUCCAGAAAGAUUGAGAUUAUAUAUCAUGACCUCAUAAUGGAAGACUCCUAAUGUUUGAACAAAUAGGUCUAUUGGUCGUCAUCUUUAUUCCAUUAAAUUGAUAGUUGCACAAGGGUGUGAAGCAUUGAAAAAGACAAUGAAGACAAACCCUUUUAAUUAAGAGUUGUGCAAAAUAGACACUUCUGUGUAGAUUUGUCAUCCCAUUUGUACCACAGUAUAAAAUAACUCAAGAUAUUAAAUCCUUGAGAUGCUUUGACACUGCUACUUAUUUAACACUUUACUAUUGAGUCUUAAAGCUACUACACAUUCUAAUAUUGGCUGGACCUACAACAGGCAGAAUGCCAACCUGCAACUUUUCUCCAUUUCAUGUAGAUGGAGAAAAUAACUAUAAAUUGUUGGUGGCAAGUGAUAUUUGUUGAAGACUGAAAACAACUACAGUCUGUUAGAAUGGUAAUAGGUGCAUAUUUUGUGGUAGCUACUGCAGGUGUGUGCUUUAAAGUGAGAAAUGUGAAAGAAAGGAUCUAACCACUUGAAGUGUAACUUUGAUUUAUGCAAUAAAAAUAAAAUCUGUGCUUGAUCUUUUAUGAUAUGAAGCUACUAUAUGGAUCCAUAAGUGGAAGAACUAAGACUUCUUCAGAAAUAAUAAAAUAGCAGUAUUGGGGUAUCUAUACAGUAUAAACAAGCUCAUAAACUAGAGCUUAAAUAUUUCAAACUAAUAAGUUCCAUCCAAAGUACACUGCAACAAUUUCUGUUACUAUAGUCUGCCACUUGUCAGCUUGUGUAACCAGUUAAAGAUUGCUGAAGACUUAACUCUAGCAAAAACAUUUUUUGUUCCUAUGAGCUGUAUUUACAGUAGGGAUAUAGGUAUUUGUAUCUUUUCUCCCUCGCAUUUCAAGGUUUUGCAUACAGCUCAUACCAUUCAGUUUCAUCUAUAAACCAUCAAAGCAAAAAGUUGCAUUAAAACAACAGUUAAGAUAAAGGUGUUACAGCCUUCAAGAGACCACAUUGGAGAACACUGAGGAAAAACAACAUUUAAAUGCCAUCAUUAUCAGGUAGUGGUGUCCUGCUUAUCCUGCUGUUGUUCUCUUCAUGUGUAUGUCUUUCAAAAUGGAUUAAAACUAUUUUUUGAAUGAUGCCUACCCCA